AUAAACCUGGGGGCCUCACACCUUCACUGGGGUCAAAUUUCGUGAGCAAAUCACAGCAGCCUCUUCGGGAAACGAUCGCAAGAAAGAAACAGUGGAGCCCAACACAUCGCCGAGACUGUUCUCUGGAAUUAUAAACGUUUUACAGCCUCUUUCACCUCGGCUGAAGUCGCUUUCAGAAUGACGACGAUGUAAAAGUCGGUGGCUACGUUUGGCUUGACUCGUUAAUGCAUUCAGGGAAAUACACACGCCUAUUAAGUCUUGAAUGAGUUCUGUUGGCUGUAGAUCCCCGAGUAGAGACCGUUUUGGGGCAGCAGCGGAGAGAGGCCGAGGGCGACGGAAAAAACGGCAACGACCACAUUUGUUAUCCCGCUCAACAUGAACCUAAUCGGGAGCUACCAGCAUCACCACCACCUGAUGCACGAACCCUUCCCGUUCGUCCAGCGGUGUCACCAGGAUGCGCCGUACUUCCAGAGCUGGGUGGUGAACCACGGCGAGGUGCCCACGGACUUCCAGAUCCAGGCGCCCUACCCGGCCGCGGAGCUCGGAGCGCCCGGAGCGACGCACGACGCCCGGCUGGAGGGGCUCCAGGCGGGGAUGGGGAAGAGGAGAACGUCGGGGCCGAAGAAGGAGCGCCGGCGGACGGAGAGCAUCAACACAGCUUUCGCCGAGCUGAGGGAGUGUAUCCCCAACGUCCCGGCGGACACAAAACUGUCUAAAAUUAAAACUUUACGUCUGGCGACCAGUUACAUCGCCUACCUGAUGGACGUCCUUGCCAAAGACUCCGGGGAGACGGAGGGCUUUAAGGCCGAAAUUAAGAAAUUUGAAAACCGGGAUCUGAAAAGGAAACGGGAGCCGACUGACGGCCUGCAGGAGUCAUUAGGAGCCGAGAAGAAGGUGAAGGGCCGGACCGGGUGGCCGCAGCAGGUCUGGGCUCUGGAGCUCAACCAGUGACCCUCCUCCUCCUCCUCCUCCCCCCUAAAUACAAACCUCCUCAGAGACUCUCGAUUCAAAUCAGAUUUUUUUUUUUUUUUUUUAAAAACCACUGACUGACUGAAACACCGCUGUGCACGUGCGAUGAUGCGCAAAAGAGAGAGAGAAUUAAAGGACAACAUGCAAACAAGGUGACUGCGGAAGAAAACACCACGAUGGACGCUUUGUUGGCCUUUUCUCCUGGUGUGGUUUCUAAAUCUGACUGUAGGUGUCUGAUAUUUGUGGUAUUUUUGCUUUUGAUGUCCCCCCCCCCCCUUCCAAACUGUAGACCAGAUGUUGCCACGGUGUCAAAAACAUCUGUCACCUGUAAACAUUUUGUUUUUAUCGUCGAGUGGUGGCGUUUUCCCACAUCUGAUGGCGCUGGAGCAGAAAAUAAAUAAAUUAUAACAAAUGUGGAGUAAAUGUAGAGUAUGUUGUGGUCUGAGAGGAUUGCUAAGGUGCAAAAAUAAAGUGAUUUUCGACUCAACAUUUUAGUCCAGCUAACUGGGAUGCUGCGGCAGAACUGGUGUUUUUUUCCGGCGCAGGAUUAUUUCGGAAAUGAUGCACAGCAGAACAUAUAAGUGUUGAUUUUCAAUGCGAGUUACCAGCAGGUGACAGGUGUUGACUGAUAGAUUCUUGUCCAAUCAGAAAUAAGUUAUAACGCUCAAUUACCUGAACUUUAAUUCUGACUUUAACAAACAGUGCUGGCAUACUUUUUUAUUUUUAUUUUUUUUUUUAGCUGUGUGUUGCCAGCGGGCUGUGAGUCGGUUUAAUGGGAAUAGAAAUUAUCAUGAAGGUAAAUCGUGACAGGCCUACAUUUAAUUUUUAUCCCAUAACAUCCUCAGUCUGGCCUGACAGUUUGUGAAUUUUCAUCUGCAAAAAAAGUUUACAAAACAAGGCGUCGCACCUGCACGAUAAACCACAUCACAUGAUAUAUCGAAAGCUGAUAUUUUCAUUCAAUAACAUUAACGAAUUAACCAGUAAACCAACUGCCAGAUUAUAGCUAAUGUACUGCCUGAUCACUGGAUUUGGAUUUUAACUAGGCAGGCUUCUUUGUAAUGUCACGACAUGUAAGAGCGAAAAUAAAAGAAACAUGCAAAACACCCACCAGGUCCAGAAAUAGUUUCUGAGCCCAGAGGAAACACAUUUUUUUUUAAGCGAAACUUUUUCCUUUUUUUUUUUUAAAUCACUGUUUCAGCCCGCUGAAUUCGGCGCAGUCAGCAUAUUUAAAACAAUAGGGACCCAGUAUUACUGUACACUACAGCGGUUGCUGUCGAUGUUUCUUGCGGGAAAGCAUUGACUUUACUGAAUCUACCUCAAAAUUAAAGUCACCGUCGGAGAAGACGACGGAGACGGACACUAGACACCGAAUGUCAACGCACAGCUUUCACUCAGACAUGUAAAACACUCAGACAAAAAAGGGAUUAAAGGUUUAUUACUGUGCGAAAUGUCGAUGGAAAUGUACAUUGGAUGUGAAGUUAUAUAUAGUUCCGUAAAUAAAUGAAUUAUUUUAAGACACUCCA